UUACCAGUUUAUGGUGAGAGACCAAAAACACGUCAAAGGAAUAAUGUGGUGCUAAUUGUUUGAAACCAAGAAAACUUUUCUUCAUUUCAUGGAUUUCUGAACAUAAUCUCUGGUUUUUGUUUCUUCAUUUAACUUUUGAUGGUUUGAUUCUUGAUAAGUGGAGUUUUUUUGGUUUGUCCCUCUCAAUUAUCUUUAACAUAGUGACAAAAAAUUUGUUCUUUACUUUGCGGCCUAUGUUGUUUUUGGUGUAAAAUUAGGAAUGAUGGGAGGAAACCACGUUGUUAUUAGGAUUAUUCAGUUCUUCAUCUUGCUGCAGUUUCUUGAUUCUUGUCUCGCUCUCCCACUCUGCACCGAUUCGAGAGCUCCCUUUAGUUCAAAUUCAACUCUGCAGUUCUGCCCCUACAAUGGCACAGUGUGCUGCAAUUCAUAUGAUGAUUUGCUUUUGAAGAAGCAGUUUGUAUCGAUGAACAUCUCAGAUCAUGCCUGCGCUUCUCUUGUUAAAUCUAUCCUUUGCUCUAGGUGCGAUCAGUUCUCAGCUGAGCUAUUCCGAAUCGAUUCUGCACCUCGACAAGUUCCCGUGCUUUGCAGCUCACCAAACUCAACACAGACGAACCAAACUUCACUCGACUUCUGUUCAAAAGCAUGGGGCAUGUGCCAAAACGUCUCCAUUCUGCAUUCGCCCUUCGUAGUUUCAUUACAAGGCCGAGCUGGAGCUCCAACGGUCUCAAAUUCAAGCAAACUGGCUGACCUCUGGCCGUCUCAAGCAGACUUCUGUAGUGCUCUCGGUGGAGCAUCCGAUGAUGGCCUACCGUGCUUUGAUGGCAGGCCUGUCACCCUCAACGACACUGGGGCUCUUCCGGCCCCUCCAAGUGGGCUGUGCCUUGAGAAAAUCGGGAAUGGAACCUACCUCAACAUGGUUGGCCACCCUGAUGGCUCAAACCGCGCCUUCUUCUCAAACCAGCAAGGCAAGAUUUGGCUAGCGACGAUCCCUAGUCAGGGUUCCGGAGGGGUUAUGGAGCUCGAUGAGGCUACUCCUUUCCUAGACCUAACUGAUGAAGUCCAUUUCGAUGCUGAGUUUGGACUUCUCGGAAUUGCAUUCCAUCCCAAAUUCACAGAGAACGGCCGCUUCUUUGCAUCGUUCAACUGUGACAAGGCCAAGUGGCCAGAGUGCGCAGGGAGAUGCGCGUGCAACUCGGAUGUGAAGUGUGAUCCAUCAAAACUGACCCCGGAAAACGCUGCAAGUCCUUGCCAGUUUCAGAGUGUGAUAGCAGAGUUCACUGCUAAUGGAACUGCAUCACAGCCUUCAUUGGCAAACCCUUCUGAAGUGAGGAGGAUCUUCACCAUGGGGCUUCCCUUUACGUCUCACCACGCCGGGCAGAUCCUCUUCGGACCUCAAGACGGCCAUCUCUACUUCAUGAUGGGAGAUGGUGGCGGCGCAGGAGGCGAUCCGUUCAACUUUGCUCAGAACAAGAAGUCUCUACUUGGGAAGAUCAUGAGGCUUGAUGUUAAUACCAUAACAAGUGCAACGGAAGCUAGCCGGCUUGGUCUGUGGGGAAACUAUUCCAUUCCCAAAGACAAUCCCUACACACAAGACAAGGAGCUACAAAAGGAGAUAUGGGCACUUGGACUAAGAAAUCCAUGGCGCUGCAGCUUCGACUCUGCCAAGCCUUUGUAUUUCGCCUGUGCAGAAGUAGGACAGGAUCACUACGAGGAAGUGAACUUGAUCACCAAGGGUGGAAACUACGGGUGGAGCGCCUACGAGGGCCAGUACAAGUUCAACUCUUCCAUCGCAAACACCUCACUAGGCUCAACAAUCUUCCCUGUGAUGGGGUACAACCACUCUGAUGUGAACACGAAUGAGGGCUCAGCAUCCAUCACCGGUGGCUACUUCUACCGAGCCACCACAGAUCCUUGUAUGCAAGGAAGGUACUUGUUUGGAGAUCUCUAUGCAGGUGCUAUAUGGGCCGGAACAGAGAGCCCUGUCAACAGUGGCAAGUUCACAAGCAGCAAGAUCGCCUUCAGCUGCGCGGGUGACUCACCUAUGAGGUGCACGGAGGCUCCCGAGAGCUCGGCCCCUGCAUUGGGCUACAUCUUCUCGUUUGGUGAGGACAAUGACAAGGAUGUCUACCUCCUCACACAGAGCGGCGUGUACCGUGUUGUUAGUCCAAGCCGUUGCAACUAUGCGUGCGCGAAGACUGUUGCGUCUCCACCCCCUGCGGCCUCCUCGCCCCGGCCUUCCGGAGCAAUUCUUUCAAGAGCUCCCUUUGGGAUUUUGGUGGCGAUGAUGAUGUUUUUGUUUUGCUUGGUUUUGCAUGAAGUUUUCUGAGUAAUAUUUGCUGGAGCAAGUUAGUAUAGUACAAAUAAUUAUUUUAGUAUUGGGCUACUGCUUUUAAUUAUUGGGCCCUUUUGUUCGUCUUAUUGGACGAGAAAGAUAAGAGGUGUAUUUUCGAAUUGGGCUAAUGUUUGAUCAUGUAUUGGGCCGAUAUUUUAUUUAUCGUGCCAUUUUAAUAAUCUUAUUAGUAA